AUGGGUGCUCAGAAAAGCAUUCAUGCUGGCAACGCCAAGAUAGACUUCAAUGUUGAUUUCACCCACAAAUUAUGUGCUGCUUUUAUGUUCAACCCUUUCAGGAACAGUGGAAGUCCAUUAUCACUAGUUGUUGGAAGUCUUUGUAUAAAGCACCCAAAUUUAUUUGGUAAGAAUGAGAAGCUUGAUGUGCUGUGGGAUAAAGGGCUUUGUGAUUCCAAUGUCUUGAUUACUUGCCGGAAGCCGAAACCAGAAUGGCUAUCACAACAAGCUUUUGUCAUUCAGCACUCUAUUUCUCCUGAGAUCGGGAUCCAUGGCAUACCUGUGGACAAUUUCUCUCGUACAGGGAGUGGAGAUGUGAAUCUUUGUCGCUUUUCUGCUGGUGUCGAUCUGAGUGAACCUGCAAGUUCCAACUGGAGUAGCAAAACCAGUAUAAAGUUUGAGCACGUUCGUCCAAUUAAUGAUGAUGGGCGUUCAAUAAGCAGAGACCUUCAUGGAUUUCCCGUGACUUGCAGUGGAGGUUGUCAUGAUAGCAUGGUAGUACUCAAACAAGAAUCUCGAUUUGCCAAGGCAAAUGACCACAGUUUCACUCGAUUUUGUCUGCAAAUCGAACAAGGGAUACCAAUUCUUUCUAAGUGGCUGAUCUUCAACCGACUCAAGUUUGUUGCAUCAAAGGGAAUAAGACUUGGGCCAGCAUUUUUCUUAUCAAGCCUUACAGGUGGCUCUGUCGUUGGGGACAUUGCUCCUUAUCAAGCCUUUUCAAUUGGUGGGCCUGGUAGUGUGCGAGGGUAUGGUGAAGGUGCUGUUGGAUCUGGUAGAUCAUGUCUAGUUGCUAACAGCGAACUUACAUUACCUCUGAAUCAGAUGCUGGAUGGUGCUGUUUUCUUGGACUGUGGAUCUGAUUUAAGCUCUGGUCGCCUUGUGCCUGGAAAUCCUGCUCUUAGGCAUGGUAAACCUGGAUCUGGAAUUGGUUUCGGAUACGGACUUCGGUUCAAGUCACAAUUAGGGCACUUUCAGGUCGACUACGCUGUCAACACAUUUCAGCAGAGAACUCUAUACUUUGGCUUCAGUAACCUUGCCUCCGGAUAG